AGUUUUGCGUCGAAAGCGUUGAGAAUUCGCUAAUCGAUAAUAAGAAUCGUUUCCGUAGGGUAACUCCAAUGGAAAUAGAAUUCGAACUUGGCGAACUAACGAAAAUUGUAAUGCAAUUAGAGAAUUGCCGAAGAUAGACAGAGAUAGAGAUAGAGAAUCGAGAGACGGAGAAGGUCUACGUUGGGAUCAAUAACGACGUCGUGUGCAUUCGCUCGAGUCUGCUUGAAAUAAAUCGAAUAAACCUCGACUAAAGAUUGCAAGAGAGAGCGAGAGAGAGAGAGAGAGAGAGAGUGAGAAAGUCGACAAGUUGAGAACCCCUGUUCUCUCUACCUGGCCAAGCUAGGAGAACGGUAGAGUGUCCUCGUAAAAGCGAGCGAGAAAGGCGAUCGUGUAGAAUUGAAGGGGAUAGACGAUGAACAGGCUAGAGUUCGACGGUGUGGGCCGUUUAAAGAAGGACACCCGAUGUAUACAGACACAUAGAGAGGGAGAUAGAGAGAAGGCAUUGUACUCCUCGUCGUCGUCAUCGCCGUCGCCGUCGUCGCCGUCGCCGUCGUCGCCGUCGCCGUCGCCGUCGCCGUCGCCGUCGCCGUCGUCGUGGUGUUGGGGCCGUUUCCAGGUGCCAGCGAGGAGGGCACACGCAGUCGGUGCUCGUCACGAGCCAGCAACCGUCGUCCUCCGUGCCACUCCGUCCUCUCUUUUUCACCAAACGUGUGCGUGUAUCAUUUCUUUCUCUCUCUCUCUCUCUCUCUCUCUCUUCCUCUCCCUCUCCAUCUCUCUAUCUUUCGUACGAUGAGUCAAGAAGAAGGAAACGUCUCUUUCUCAGUGAGGACAAACGCCCGACGCUGAAGUCUCUCUCUCUCUCUCUCUCUCUCUCUCUCUCUCUCUCUCUCUCGCAUGAAUACGAAGAAUCGUGGGAAAGAGAGAGAUAGGUAUAUGCAGAAAGAGAGCGAGUCGGAGUUUAAGAAGGAAAGAGAAAGACUCAUCGACAGAGCUGCACUGCGGCUAUACCCUCCUCUCUUUCUUUCGCUCCCUUCUAGCCGACGACUCUCAGUCAGCGAGUAGUCGCUUUGCGAGUCGUAGUCCCUCAUUCUCUUUCUUUCCUUCUUUGUCAUGACUUCUCUCCGUAGAGAGGAGGAAGAGACAUAGAAAAGUUCCUUUACGGUUACAUUCUUCUCGAUGCAAAGCGAGGACGCUACUUCGUAAAGUGCACCGCGCGUGUGGGUCGGCCGGACGAAAGGAAAUCGAGAGAAAGAGAGUGGGAGAGAAAGGAAGAAGAGAGGGGCAAGAGGAGUAGGAGAAGGAGAAGAGAGAGAGAGAGAGAGAGAGAAAGAGAGAUGAGCACGCUCUCCUACAGUCGCGCAAACGAAAGCCGAAUGUGUACGGGACAGCGAGCGUGUCACGGACGAGAUGUAAAGCUUCCCGCGAUCAAAGUACUGUGCUGUUAAAGCUGCGUUUCCAUCGGCACUUAAAAUCGACCAAGAAAGAUCUGCCAAAAACUGGAGCCCCUCAAGUCCAAGAUGGCUGGGCCAGGAACGGCCUCAGCCGGAGUUGGAGGCGGAGGUGGUGGUCAACAAGCAACAGCGGCCUCAAAUCUCCCUGCUAACGCUUUGUUAAGCUACAAGAGGACCUGGUGGCGAAGAGUGGCCCCCUGCUUGGCUUUUCUAGCAGCUUUUUCAACUGCCAUGGCAUUACUUCUCGUUUGGAGCGAAGCUGCUGCAUUAAGGAGGCAAGCCUUCGACGCGAACAUGACGAGGGACUACGUGCUUAACAGCGUCUCCAUGGACAAUCCUCAGCUGAUCGCUUACAUACGCGAGGUUCAUUUUAAACCAACGACUCAUCAAGAGUUCCUAAACGCGACGCAAACCUCCGAGGAGAAGUACGUUGCGAGUUUGACACAAAAUAAACGCGAGGGUGUCUACAUUGAAUAUAUCAGCAGGAUAGGAGCAAUGUCCAGUACAGCCUGGCUCGAUUCGAAUUUGAAUUGGAGAGGCGUUUUGAUCCUUACAGAUCCUAGAAGUUUCUUCGAGGCUCAGAAAAGCAGUCGUAAUUUAAAAACGAGAGUGCUUCAUUCAUGUCUGAGUACCGACAAAGUCAUCAAAGAAAUAACGUAUCAUCAGGAAUCCGAGGUCCAAGUUACCAAAUUAGGCGAAGGACCGAACAGUCUUGUUUCGUCGGACGAGAGUUUGCCGACGACCAGAUUGAAGUGUUUCCCUCUUUACAGUGUACUGCUGGCCUAUAACGUCACAACUUUAGAUUACCUGAGUCUCGAUAGUCCGGACAUUCAAGAUGGCCAGGUGUUAGACACGAUCCCUUGGGAAAUCAUAAGGAUAUCUGUCCUUUCUAUACGUUGGAGUACGCAUCAUAGCACAGCGGAAACGAAGAAUCUCAUUGAGAAGCUAAAUAGCAGAAGAUAUAAACUCGUCGAAACGACGGACACAGGCAAAAGGAUAUUUAUUUACAGCACCCUCUUAAAGAUCUAAUUUUUUCGAAUUAGAAAAUAUCGCCGUGGAUCGAUCAUGGACGUAAGGAGAAAGAGAAAAAAGAGAUAGACGAUUCUUGCCUUUCCAAAGUCCACAAACUUAUCAUAGAUCCUUAAAAUUUCGUCUGAAUUUUUUUUCUUCUUUUCUUCGUCUCCGCAAAGAGACGUAUUAUGGGUACUUAAAAUCAAGGAUCGAACGUCGUCGAGUAGUUCCAAUUUUUUACAUUUGAUAGGAAUGUCAAAAUUUGAGGAACGCCUCAUCUUAUUUUCGAUUCUUGCGCGAAAGUAAGCUCGCAACGACGACGACGACGACGACGACGACGACGACGACGACGACGACGACGACGACGAC